CCUGCAAAGGUAUUGCACACAGGGUUUGUCCUUUUGCACUUUGCCCGUUGGUGUGAUUGUGAGUGCGGCUGUUUGAUGUGCCUUGCAAUUGGCUGGCAAGCGGUUCAGGGUGUACCCCGCCUCCUGCCCUUUGACAGCUGGGAUAGGCUUCAGCACUCCCGCGACCCUCAUGAGGAUAAGCGGCUCAGAAAACGGAUGGACAUAACAUAACCCGCCGAAACGAGGCAGCUUGAAAAAUGAAUGGAUGGAUGCUACAUGCUAACUAGCAUGUUUUGUGUACGCGGCAUGCUAACUAGCAUCUUUUGUAUUGAUGACACGCUUCACGUUAAUUCCACAAUGGACCUGAGACAAGAUUGGAACCCGAGACCUCUCCACUCCAAGGCGAAGUAGAAAGAAAACUUUUCUUGGCGCGAGUCAACAGAAGAAAAAAGAUGAAAUAAAAACAUUUUGAGGACAAACCUGCAAUUUUCCCCUUUGGCGAAGAUGGGCGAGGGACGACCAAUCGCGCGGCAAAGACCACGAUGGAGGUCUUUGUGGGACAUACCGGGGAGGGGGGGACCGGUCGCCCGACAUGUGCUCGUGCGGUCGAGAUGUUUGUCGCCCUGCCAGUUUUGCACUUGGCCCUGACCCUUGUUGUUGAUGUUGCCUACUGCUGGGUUUUGCGGUUUUGCCGGUUCUCCCUCUUACGUCAAAGUCUGUCUUGGUGACGUCAUAAAGUGGAGCAGGUCCAUAAGGCGACAGAUGUUUUACUCCCACCAACAAAUCCGAGGACCGAAAAUGCUGCCGAAAUUGCAAUGCUGACGUGUGAUUGGACCAAAACACAUUUUGGGCUCGAUUGUGGCGACCAGUUUGGACUAGAGCGAGCCAAUAUUUUCGUGCUGUUAAGUUCUACUCGAUAUGUAUGGUGAAAGGACAAAAAAAAAAAAAAAAACAAUCAAAAGAUCGACGUUCCAAAUUCCAAAGUCUGGACUGUCAAAGUUGAGCGUCAUGAUGAGGGCUGACAAUUGGAAGCUGUUUCCACCUGCUGGUCAUCUGUGUCAUCACAGGUCCCGGAGGAGUCAACGCAGAAUUGCCAAAGUCCAAAUGAAAUUCGCACAAAAUAGUUUAGUUUCUUCUCACCAAAUGUCCUCACAUUUCGCGUCCUGCGUGUCAUGUAUUCGAAAAGGUUCAGCUACAAUCAACAGUUAAUUGUUGAGAGUGUUCCCUUAAGGAUGACGGAAUGUCUUCAUCUGGACUUUCUCGUCCAUUUUUCAUAUUUGAAUAUUUGAGGCUGGAGUGCUCGUCGUGACGCGGAACCUUUGCUCGCUCGCGUGCGUUUCCGGUGUCCGGACUGUAACAAGUGUGACGCAUGUUUUGGUCCUCCAUGCGGCUUUGCUUUUCUCAAAUUAUUUUGUAGGAUUUUUGCGCAAUUUACAAGUGUUUACUUGUCACUUUUUUUUUUUUCAUUUUUAUUCUUCAUCCGGGUAUAAAAGUUCAGAAAGACAUCGCGGUUCUCGGACGUGAAGAUGGAAGCCUUGCCGGACAAGUUUGUCAGCUUGUCGCUGGCCCGCCGCCACGUAUCCAAAGACGCCACCUACCUGCUGGACGUGGCGCUGCACCCCGCCGGCGCCGCGCUGGCGGUGUCGCAUUCCGACUUGGCGCUGCGUCUGCACGACGAGGCCACGCUGCGUCUGGUGGGCGAGUAUCGCGGGCACGGCGGGCCCGUGCGCGGCCUCACCUUCGCUCACGCGCGCCCCGACCUCCUCUACUCGGCGUCGGAGGACGGGACCGUCCGGGCCUGGGACGUUCGCCGUCCGGGGACGAGCGCCGCCCAAGUGUUCCGCGGCGAGCCGUGGCACAGCUUCUGCAGCUUCGACGUGAGCUGCGGCGACUUGCUGCUCUGCGCCGGCACUCCGCUGCAAGACGAAGACAGCUUGUUGGUGUUCUGGGACAGCAGGAAGCCCAACGCGGCGCCGCUGGGCGUCUACUCCGAGUCGCACAGCGACGACAUCACGCAGGUGCGCUUCCACCCGCGCGACAAAGACCGGCUGGCGUCCGGCUCCAGCGACGGCCUGGUCAACGUCUUCGACGUCCGGCGCGGGUCCGAGGAGGAGGCGCUGCUGUGCACGUGCAACAGCAACUCGACGGCGGCGGCGGUGCGCUGGGCGGCGGCCGACGGGAGCCGCCUGCUCUGCCUCUGUCACGACGAGGGGCUGCACCUGUGGGACCUCCGGCGCCUGGACAGCCAGCGGCCGCUCGUCGUCUUCAGCUGCCCGGACGUCCGCCGCUCGGAAGUGACGGCGGACGGUCGGGGCCCGGAAUACCUGGUGGGCGGGGCCUGGCUGGAGGGGGCCGACCGGCUGCUGGUGGUAGGCGGGGACAGGGGCGGCGACCUUCUGCUGAUGGAGUGUGACGGCGAGGGGCUGCGUCUCCUCGGGACCCUCCGCGGGGGGCACUCGGCCACCGUCAGGUGCUUUGCGUGGGACGAGGCCGGGGGGGCGCUGGUCACCGGGGGGGAGGACGGGCAGCUGUUGCUGUGGAAACCGGGAGAUGCGGUGGUGAAGAAGGAGGGCCGGAAAAGUUCUUCGCUUUUCAAACUCAAGUCCAGACCUGACAGAAGCCGCCGUACUAACCAAACGGACAAUUUAAGGUCGCAGCAUUGACGCCAUCCACAAGGGGCGUGUCUACCUAGUCAGCUGUUGUCGUGACUCUCCAACAUCCAUCCAUCCAUCAUUUUAGCCAAGGAGAAGGUUGUUUUUGUCGGUGGGGUCCUCUUGUAACCGGGGUGAAAAAGCAAGAGCGCAACCAGGUGAAAGUCGGGAAAGACACCCACCGCUUUCUACCGUUCUCAGCGAGAGAAACUUUCAAUCUUUUUUUUUUUUUACAGUACAUAACAGAAACUUUUGUCCUUUUAGGCAACGGAAGAGAGUGCUUCCCAAGUGACCGAAAAUCAGCCUUCCCACGUUACUCCAUUGAAUUGAGCCUCCUAUCAGAUUCAUUCAAGUUCUUUGGAUUUGAAAUACUUCUGUUUUUAAGGACAUUUUAGUUGUGAAAAAAAAAAAAAAAGGAUAUUAUUCACAAGGCAUUCGCAAUCCAUACAGAUAUCAUUUAUCCAUUCAUCCAUUUUCUUUGCCGCUUAUCCUCACAAGUGUCACGGGGAGUGUUGGGGCCUAUCCCAGGGACACCCUGAACCGGUUGCCGACCAAUCGCAGGCCACGCGGAGACAAGACGACAGUCGCCGAAGGACAAUUUUGAGCCUCCAAUGAAUGUUGCGUGUUUUUGGGAUGUGGGAGGAAAGCGGAGUGCCCACCCAGAGAAAAGCCACGCAUGCACAUGGGGCGGAACAUGCAAACUCCACCGGGAUUUGACCCGCGGUCCUCAGAACCGUGAGGCCGGUUGUACCGAUCGUGCCGGCUUGUUCGAUGCAGUGCGCGAUUCGUUAGCGUUGUCCUGCCUGCGUCGCGUGCUCCGUACGAAGCUACCCGAUGUGACGGACUGACCAAAUGCAUACGCGCAAAACAAUUUCAUCUCAGCACUUUAACAAUUUGAUGAAGAUUUGAAUUAGCAUCAGCAUGAAGAUCAGAGAUUGGGGGCCUCCGCUCCCCGAGAGGGCUUGCGUCAGGAAGGGCACAAAUAAUGAGCGUUGGUCUGAGAUGACACGCUGUGGCGACCCCAAAGAAAGUUUGGAGUAAGAUGCGAGAUUGGCAACAGUCAACCACCUGAAGCACCGGCGUGUUCCGUUCCAUGCAGUGUACCAAAAUAGUUUGGUUCCACUUCAUUUUGCCAUUUGUCUACGUUUUUAUUCAGCACAAUAUUGUGGACUGCUAUUUUGCCUCAUUUGUUGUUGUUUUUUUUUCUUUUUUUUUAGGGAUUAAUUCCAUUUCCAUUCAUUCAUUCACCGAGAGAAAAGAUGAUCUGAGAUACGAGUGUGCUCACGGUUUGAAUGAUCUCAGGGCAUCACCGAUAUAUCCCAAAAUAUGCUGCGUUUGGCUGAUGGAAUCCUAAAAUUUGAGUCUCGUACUGGACCUCACGUGAUUCACUUGAGAAUUGGACCUUUUAAGAAUCUGGUCAUCCAUCCAUUCUCAACGCCACACCGGUGCGUACGACAGCCGGCUUCAGGCAGACUACACCCUCAACCGGUCGCCAGGGCACGUUAUAGCCACGGACAACCGUUCACAGUCUCAUUGAGUGGGAACCGAACCAAGGAUCCCUGCGCCACACCCUCAAGUGACAUAAAUUGCUCGCGAAAACGCAUAAUGUAAAGUUAAUUUUAUGACUGAGCAAUGACCAAACAGAACCUGGAUCCGCCCUGACUUUUAUGACCAGUCUCGGGUGUAGGCGGCCUCUCGCGCAGUCAGCUGGGAAAAGGGAUGCUCUUCCAGACACACCCGCCCCGCGGCGUCACGCCCUCGUCACGUCUCUUUCAAGUGGGGGGCUAAUGCUAACAUGUUAGCCGACUAGAAGGAGGAAAGCUGCGUGGGGGCGCAGGACCACGCACACGCACUCGUUUGUUGUCAUUCCGAGGAGACCAAAGUUUGAAUGAAAAGCUCCUUGCACGCCCCGCCCACUUGUCCAAUUACAAAGACAAAAAACUAGGGCGGUUUGUGGUCUGCGGUUCGGACGCGUCCGGAAGUGGCUGAUGAGGACGAGAGGAAGACCGUAGAGAAGGUUGAUGGAUGCCGUGAGGUUCUGUUGGCGCACAUGGAAAAUGAUGACGCGCCACUAUCUGGACAAGCCCAAAGCAAAAAACGAACAAAAAAAAACCCAAAAUACAUUGGGGAGCAAUGCAGUCUAUGUCCGUGUACACGAAUAAAAGAAUAAGAAAAAACAAAAACAAAAAAACCCCGGACGUUUCCUCACAAUCAUUUGCAGUGUCGUGUGUUGUGGUUCGAAGGGGAAUAUUUCUUGGCUCCUCCGCCCAACUACCGGCGUCACGGCCCGGUCCCGCCCUCUCAGCCGAGUGACUCGCCCCUCAUCCAAUCGCGAUGGCGUUCAUCGAUCGCCGAGACCAAGGAGCCAAUGGGCGCGACGGCCCUCGCGAGCACG